GAGCAAUGAUUGGCCCCCCUGCCCCAUGACUACCACAUGCACUCUCUGUACUAUUGUCGAGGUCGUAGAGAAGAUAAAUCAGGAUAUAUAAUAGAGAAGAUGUUCGGGUUUUCAAAUUAUUUCCAGCCAUCAAUUUACUUAUUCUUGAGUACGGUUUCGAAGAGCACCUCCUUAAAAUAAUCUCAAAAUGGUCAAAAUCGCUAUUGCUGGCGGGUCUGGACAGGUUUCCCGGGAGGUUAUCGAUGCUCUGUUGGCGGCUAAGAAACACGAAAUAACUGUAUUAAGCCGGAAGGAAUUACCUGCGGCAAAGGUUAUAAGCCCAGAGAUACAAUGGAAGAUCGUAGACUACGAUGAUAAGGAAUGCUUAGUCGAAGCUCUUCUAGGAAUCCAUACGGUCUUGUCUUUUGUCCAAAUCCUCUCGGAUCCAGACCAGAAGUCGCAAAAGAAUCUUAUCGAUGCCGCCAUAUCUGCGGGCGUAAGACGCUUUGCACCAAGUGAAUAUGGAAGCAAGGAUACAAUUAACAUGCCAUGGUGGCAGGGGAAAGAAAUAAUCAGAGAGUAUCUGAAGGAAGUCAAUAGGAAAGGAGACAUCCUCGAGUACACUCUAUUUCAGCCUGGCUUGUUCUUAGACUACUUGGCAUACCCUCACAAGACGUCCAAACAUGUCGACCCACUGCAGACUAUAUUCGACUUUGAAAGCAGACGUGCGAUAGUUAUAGAUGGUUACGAAGGCGCCAUCAUAACUUUAACUACCGUCGCGGACGCCGCAACAGUCAUUGCUCAGGCAGUUGAUUACGAGGGAAAAUGGCCUACAUCCGGUGGCAUUAGAGGAAAUAGAGUCACAUUCUCGCAAGUCCUUGGAAUUGGUCAUAGAGUCCGAGGUUGCCCCUUUAAAACCGAGAAGGUAAAGAUAGAAGACAUUGAAGCAGGGCACCUGAAGACAUCGUGGGGUUUGAGUGCGGUUCAUCAGGCAGUAUCCGAAGAGCAGGCAUCAGAUCUCCUCAAGAAUGUAUCGAUCGGGAUCCUACUGAGUAGUUCGAAGGGCGCGUGGGAUAUAUCAGAUGAGUGGAAUCAAGUAUUCCCAGACUAUGAAUUCACUCCGAUAGAGAGCUUCCUUGCAAAGGUUUGGGAUGGCAAACCCUAAGAUCUUUCACCGAUUGUCGAUCAAGUCGUCCACCGCCGCUUGCAUCUACGGCAAACCUCUCCCCUAAGGUCCACUAGAGUCCUAGCUCACCUAUAAUUAUAUCUAUUUGGAGUUGUACGUAUAAUGACAAGUAUACGCGACAUUACCGGGGGCGAAAUGGCAGACAUUUAUAUUUUACUUAAAGCUGAACCUCGUGUGCUCAUUAGGUUAUAUAAGUUGAUUUUCACGUUUCUUUAGGUUUUGUAUUUGUCGAAUCCAGGUACCUAGGUAGGAGUAGCUACAUGC